AUGUCUGUUGUUGUGAGAGUUCCAGCAAGAACCGCCGCCAGACUCGGCAGAAGCGCCUCCGUUGUGGGCAGAGGUCUGCGCGUCAGAUUCAACUCCACCGAGACCAAGCCUGUGGACCCUAAGAUUUCGCAGAUUGUCGACCAGAUUUCCACCCUGACCCUGCUGGAGACUUCGUUUUUGAUCCAGGAGUUGAAGACCAAGCUCAACAUCCCAGACAUCGCAUUCCCUGCGGCCGGUGCCGCUGCUCCUGCUCCUGCUGCCGCCGAGGCCGAGGAGGCAGAGACCAAGGAACAGCCCCAGGAAAAGACCAUGUUCUCCGUCAAGCUCGAGUCUUUCGACGCCAAGUCCAAGCCUAAGAUCAUCAAGGAGAUCAAGUCGCUGCUGGGACUGUCGCUUGUCGAGUCCAAGAAGUUUGUCGAGAGCGCUCCGAAGGUGCUUAAGGAAAACGUUACUAAGGAAGACUCCGAAAAGCUUAAAGCUACGCUUGAAGGCCUGGGUGCCAAGAUUGUUCUGGAGUAA